GCCAUGGUUACCGAUAAAUGUCAACACCGUCAACAAUUGCAUCUAGCUUAAUUCUAACCUACGCUUAUAAUGUAGUUUGUUAUUUAUUUAUUGUUUUAAAACAAUUAGAAAUUAAUAAAAUAAAGAUGUACCCGAUUUACUGUUUAAGCUGACGUUAAAGUAAAUGUUUCCUUUACUUUUAACAUGUCAUACUUUCAUGGAAUUCCGAUUCCAAACUUUAAUUCGGAAAAGCGUUCCAGACGAAAGCACAGUAAAACAAAAGUAGAAAAUGAAGAUGAACUUGAACCAGCUCAUGGAAUUCGGCAUCGUCGGAUGCAUAAUACAAGUAAAUCACUCAAAAAAUUAAAAUCAGGAUUAAAAAAGGAAGUAGAUAAUACAUGUGAAGAUGAUGGGACAACUAUUGGGACGAAAAAUAAAGAGAAACGACAUUUUCACAAAGAAAUCGAACGAUUAAAGGAGGAAAAUCGAUUAAUUACAGCUAAAUUAGAAGAAACUGGCGAAUCUGAGGCAAAUGAUACAAAAGAAAAACAUCAAUUAUUGGGAAAAAUUCGCAUAAAAUAUCAUAAAUUAGAGGAGAAAUAUGAAGAAUUAUGUGAGGAAAAUAAAAAAUUAUCAAUUCUUUUACAAGAAAAAGAUCAAGAAUAUCGAGAAUUACAUGCACAUCAUGAAAAAUUAACGCAAUCCCUUGAAAUUAAUGAACAAGAUCAAUCAAAUUUAGUUAUAAUAUCGGAGAAAAUAAAAUCAGACAAUACACAAUUAAAAAAUGAUAUUUCAUUACUUAAAAAUCUAGUCUAUAGACUUAAUGUUGAAUUAGAAAGAUAUCAGGAUAAAUUACGAAGCUCUAGUCAAAGUAUUGAAUUUAAAAAUUCUUCAACUUCAAUACUCAAUGCCGAUUCAGAGGCUGAAAUUAAAAAAGCAAUUAAUUCAUGGGGUAAAGUUAAUUCACACGCAUUGGCUCCACUUUUGGAUGCGUAUCAGGAAAAUCUCGAGGAAAAGGAACAACUUAUUCAAAAAUAUGAAAAAGAAAUUGACAUAUUUUCUGGUAAAUGUAAAGAAGUUGUACGUGAAAAUGAAUCUCUCUUCAAAGAAGUUGAAGAAUUAAAAUCUAAGUGUGAGAGGUACGUUUUUGAGAUGAAGACAAUAGAAGAGGAUGCUGGAGUCAUCAAAGAGCAAAAUGAUCUUCUAACAAAACAAACAAAUAUGCAAAAGCAAAAAUUGCAAGAAAUUCAUUCCGUUUAUGAACAUAAAGUGGAAACAAUGUCUCAAGAUAAUAAUAAACUUCAUAAAGAUUAUUUGACCUGCAAAGCUGAAUUAAGUAAUCUUCAAGGAAAAUACGAAAUUCUAAAUGAAGGUUAUGAAAAAUUGAAGAAUAAUUCGGAAAAAACAAUGCCCGUUUCUGUUCACAAUGCAUCUGUCGAAGAAUGUAAACGUUUAUUUGAGGAAUUAAAAUUUCAAUACGAAAACGAUAAAAAGAAAUUGACAUCGAAAAUUAAACUCUUAGAAGAAUCACAGCCCGAGAAUGAAAAGCAAUUAAUUUUGAUAACUGCCGAACGUGAUCAAUUGAAAACACAACUAAAAAGUUUGGAGAAAACUUACAAACGAACGCAACAAAAAUUGGAUCAUCUUCAAAAAUCAGUUUGUUCUAUUCAAAUUUCACGUGAAUCGAUGAAAAGACAAUUGAACAAAACAACUGAAUUUUGUAAGGAACUUGUUGCAGAGCAAGAAAAAAUUAUAAUCGAAAAGGAUAAAUUAGUUGCAUCAUUAAAAGAACGAGAGAAAGAAAAUGAAAAUAUUCAAUAUUUACGAAAUAAUAUAACACACAGAAUGGGGAAUUUACGUAGUCAAUUAAAGAUUGUACAAAAAGGUGCAAAGGAGCAGUUGGAAUCAGUUGAGAAGCAUAUAAAAAAUAAAGAAUUAGACGCUGAUCAAAUGAAAGCCGAGUAUUCACGUGAAUUGAAUCGUUUGAAAAAUUUAGUCAAGGACAAGGAGGAAAUUAUCGGCAAAUUACAGAGAGAGAAAAAUGCAAUGCAAGAUAAUUUAGAAUACGUUUUAAAAGCUGCAUCGAGUGACGACAAAAAACUCAAAGAAGCUUUAAAGAAUUCUAAAAUUUACACCGUUUAAAGGUAAUUUACAAGGGAAGGGAAAAUAACUAUGGUAAAUAAUUUAAAAGAAAAAUUAAAAAGUUCAGUUUCAAAGUUUCUAUAAGUUUAGUUUGUUUUAAUACCAGAAAUCUUGGAUUUACCAGGUAAAUUCUAGUUUUUCUGACAAACAAAACAAAAGUAAGAAAGCGAUUAAAAAGCGAAAAAAGAAGAAAAUAAUCAAAAUACAAAAAAAUCGAGGAAAUAAAAAAAAGUGAAAAAUAUAUCCUAAUUUGGAACUGUACUGUCUUUAAAGCGCCGUUAUAAUUAGUAGUAGUGAACAAAUUUUUCUUUUUUUAACAAAAUUUGGAAAAGUUUUUUUGUUUUUAUAUUAUAAAUUUAAUAUUUAAUAUUAAUUUAAUUAAAUAACUCAAUUAAUUUAGCCAUUUACUGAAGGUUAUUAAAUUGUUAAUAAAGACAAUAAAUACAGAGAUAUUUUAGUUUUACAAAUUGAAAAAUUUUCUUUAGCCAAAUU